GGAGUUCCAUGAGUAUGUGAGACAUGGAAAUUAUCUGAAAAUUAAAAAAAUGCUUAAAAGAGGCAUCUUUGUUGAUUCAGUGAAUUCACUUGGACAAGCACCAUUGUUUGUAGCGUCAAUACUGGGAAUUGAAAAGGUUGUUGAAUUGCUGUUGAAGUUCGGCUCAGAUCCUAACCUUCGCUGUUUUGACCAGAGCACACCUGUUCAUGCAGCUGCUUUCUCCUGUAAUCCAUGGAUACUGAGCAAGCUUAUUGAUGCAGGCGGAGAUUUGCGUCUUCAUGAUCUGGAAGGAAGAAAAGCGUAUUCAUGGGCUCUCAUGGCUGGAAAAGAUCAAAAUACUCAGAUGCUUGAAUUUAUUGAUCGCUGUUCCAUACAUACACAAGCUCUGGUACAGUGUUUUCCAUACAAGCCAUUUACAAAUCUGAGCACAUCACAGGUUCUAAUACAUAGUCCUUCCCUGAUAAACCUAAUCUCACAACGAUCUCUCUCAAAAUUUCUAAAAUAUGAAGUUAGUUUUCCCAGGAACACGAUCAGCCUUGGGUAUGGAAAGCUCUGCGUUAUUGGGGAUAGGAAGCUGGCCUGUAUGGCAUACAUUCCAUUCAUUGAGGAUAAAAACAUAGUUCAAGGAGAUGACAUUCUCACAUUUUCAUUCUCUGCAGGUCCUUAUAUGACAAUGACAAAUUUAAUGUGGGAUUCUACCAAAGUCACUGUGAAGGAACUGAACUUUACUCCUACAAACUGCAGCAAGUGCCACUUGGCAGAUCUUCUCAUUACCGAGCAGGGUUACAUGAGCAAGCUACACCAUCCGUCCCUGCUGCAACUGAUAGCUGUUAGUGUUUCCCCUGAUCUGGGAAGAACACGUCUGGUAUUUGAGAGGGUUGCUUUUGGAACGUUAUACAGCAUACUCCAUCAGAGACGCUCAGAAUUCCCAAUAUUACAUAUGGAAACCAUAUUACACUUUCUGCUUCAAGUAAUAGAUGGCAUGAUCUUUCUCCAUUUGCGUGGCUUUAUCCACCGCUCAUUCUCUUCACAUGCUAUUCAGAUUGUAGCUGCAGGCAUGGCAAAGAUAAGUAACUUUGAGUACAUGAUAGAAAGCAAAGGUGAGAGGUCAGGAAGUGGCCAUGUUAAUUUUCCUAUUCCUUCACAACUUUUUCGCUGGGCAGCUCCAGAGAUAAUUCUUGAGAGAAAUGCCACAGUAAAGUGUGACGUGUACAGCAUUUGUGCUGUCAUGCAGGAACUUCUAACAGACACACUUCCCUGGAAUGGAUUGGACGGAAUGGCUAUUAAAGAGGCUGUUGUUUCACAUCAUUACUUAGUGGCCGAUCUUAGACUUACUAGACCUUACAAUGAGAUAGUUAGCACUGGAAUUCAGGCAAAGUCAAAGGAUCGUGUAAUGAACCUACAGGAUAUUCGCUGUUUGCUGAAAAAUGAUUUUAAGAAUAUUACUGAGUCCAAAAACUGUGCCACCGUCAGUUUAAAUCCACCACACCCAGAUGUUUAUCCAGAUCCUAACAUCUGCUUACAGCCCACAAAGAUGAUGACAAGGAAGCUAUGCGAUCAUCAAAAGAAGCAGGCAAAUGUAAAUGAUGACCAGGACCAGAAGAUAAAUGAAAUAGAAAAAGCAAAUAUUCAUCAAAACUGUGAACCUUCUGAUAUUGAUUCUUCAGAUACUGAAUCUCUGGUCAGAAUGAAUGUAGAAAAGGGAUCACAAGAACUGUUAUUUCGGAGUAAUAGCGAGAGUAAUACAGUUUCACAUUCUGAAUCUCAAACUGAGGAUCUGACAGACCAGGAGAAGAAGAGUCAUUCUCAGACUGAAACUUUGGAACCUCAAAUAUCACAUAGUGGUAACUGUUCAUUAUCAGGAACAAGUAUUUCUGAAACAGACAUAGAAUCAAGUGUGGUAGACGAGGAUAGUAUUUCAGAGAUUUCAGAACCAAAUAGUGACUGGAUAACAGAAAUACAAAUGUUAGAGGGCAAGUUGUGUUCCAUCCGAAAACAUAUAAAUUCUACAAUAGUUCACCUUACAGCACUGUCAGAGGAUAAUAAAACCUGUAAAAAUGAAGGUGAAGACAAAAAGUUAAACAAAUGUAAGGGAGCUGAGACGAAGAGACUCAAAGAAUCAUCCAGUGAGCGCAUUUGUCAAAAUUCAUCAGAUGAGGUGGAUAAUGUGGUCAGCUUUCUCAAGAGUAAAUCAUAUGCUGGAUGGACUGCUGUAGGACCUCCUGAACAAUACAUGCCCCCUGAAAGUGAUUUAUGGCACAGGCCUGACAAUAUAAAAGCCAAAUUGGACAUGAGAAAGCUUGGUAGCAAGAGUGUUAUGAGACCUCAAGAAAUAGAAACAAGGAAGGAAGACAUCUGGACUAGUUGUGGCUUAAAACAAACCAACAAAAAAGAGGGAAAACCAAAAACCCAGGUACUAAAACAACCUUCAAAGACAAAUCCUAAUUUUAGUUUUAAAACGAAUGACAAAGAUUCUAAAAGAUGUGACCGAUCAUGUGCAAAGGGAAUAUGUGGUCAUCACGAGCAUCACGAAGGAGAAAUUUCACCAGUUUGGGCCUCAGAAGUAAAGAACAUGGCUCGAAAAACAGUGUCUGGGGACCUACGUUUCUUCCAAGACUACCUGCAAGAUGAAUAUUCCUCAGACAGCGACAGUGAAGAUUUGGACCAGCAUCUUCAAUUAGCAUAUGAAAAACAUUAUAAGCACAAACAACAAACGGAGAUUAUUGUGAAGGACAGAUUUCAGUUGGACACAGAUAAUGAUAGUGAGGACGAUGACAGCAGUGUGGAGGAGAGCAAAGAGCGCAAACUGGAGAAAAUCUUUCAGAAUUUUUCAGAGAGGAGCUCCUGGCUUUCAGAGUGUAAUAAUUCGGUGAACCAAACAGAAGCUUGUGGAAACUCUUCUGCAAUAGCUGGAAAGUCAUGUAAGGUCCAAUGCACUCAACCGGAAACCUCACAUAACUCCUCUAUUAUCACAUUUGUCACUGCUGAAAUGGAUCAGUUUGAAGAUUCAGAAGGUCAGAGCAGAGAAGAGGAGGACGUAGAUGUGACACAAGAAGUGUGCACACGAAAACUGGUUCCUUUAGCCUGCAGUGUGAAGAAGGAAACCGUUGGCCCAGGUGCUAAUUUCACAGAGAGAGUGGAUUCAUUGAGUCAAAAAGAAAACAGUGAAAAUUCAGCUAUUGGAGAACCACAUCAGCCAUUAAAUGUAAGUGAAGAAUUGCCACAAGUAACUGAAGACAUGUGCACCGAGACUUCAGAAUUUUCUAUGCCAGGCAAAGAUCACCUCUUCUACAGUGCCAAAGAGAGAGCAUUUGAAAAGGGCUUGACAGAGGUCAGCAGAUUUGGCGUCUUGGAUAAUGCAAGGAAGAAACCUAGACAACAAGCAAGAAGUCUGGAACAAAAUGCAUCAUCGAGUGAAAAAUGUGAGAAAGAAAGCUCUGUUAUAGAUAUUCAAGAAUUGUCAAGCAUUUUAUGUGAUCACAAAAGCCCUUCUAAAAAUCACAACACACCUGGAUCCAAGACCGUUUCCUUUAGAAUCAGCACUCCAGUCAGCCCAGAUAACCAAACUAGAAGCAUGGUCCUCAUCUCUCAACUUGAGGAUAGUGGACAAACAGAUGAGCAUUUGCCACUGCUUGAAAUGGCAACAGAAGGAAGAGAAGACCAAGGGUACAAGUUGAAUGAUUCAGUAAAUGAUACAAGUGAGGAAGUAAAUGAUACAAGUGAUGAGACUGACAGGUUCUACACUCCUCUUCUAUAAAGAGCGUUUUAUACAAAUUGUCUAGCGAGAUGUUCUUUAGACAGAUGGAUAUCUCAGUUAAGAGUGGAAAUCAUUCCAGUAUAUGCUCUUCAACAAUGUUCAAAUGAUUGUUUGUAUGUUACCAAUGUUAU